GACUGCCCCAGAGCGUGUUCAGGUCUAUAAUGUUCUAAAAUGCUCCAGUGGGAGAAGAUACUCUACUGAAAUGGAGAUGAAGUGUUUGUGUUGGUUCAGUGAUAUUUUCUCUUGUAGAUCUGCUGUAAAUGAACACAGAUGAAGGUGGACUUGCGCUUUCUCACUGAAGACGUCUAGACAAACCUCAGAAAAGGUUGAAGCAUGCAGGAAUUCCAGAAACCAGCUGUGUCUCUAUACAGAGCGACCAGUCCCGGGAAUACUUUCUUGCAUUCAGUAGAGGAGAACAUAGCUGUAUGAAUACAAAAAGUGACAGGUCCAUGUGAGACUUUCGUACACUCAGUACUGGAGGAACCACCUUUGUGUUGAUAAUCAGUGACUAGACCAUGGGAGACUCUCAUACAUUCAGUAGAAGAGAACCCAGCCGCAUGUCUGCAAAGAGUGACCGGUCAAUUGGAGGCUUUUGUACAUUGAGUAGAGGAGAACCCAGCCGCGUGUCUAUAAACAGUUAUGGUUCCAUAGGAGACUCUUAUACAUUCAAUAGAGGAGAACCCAGCCGCGUGUCUGAAAAGAGUGACCGGUCAAUUGGAGGCUUUUGUACGUUGAGUAGAGGAGAACCCAGCUGCGUGUCUAUAAACAGUUAUGGUUCCAUAGGAUACUCUCAUACAUUCAAUAGAGGAGAACCCAGCCGCGUGUCUAUAAACAGUUAUGGUUCCAUAGGAGACUCUUAUACAUUCAAUAGAGGAGAACCCAGCCGUGUGUCUGCAAAGAGUGACCGGUCAAUUGGAGGCUUUUGUACGUUGAGUAGAGGAGAACCCAGCUGCGUGUCUAUAAACAGUUAUGGUUCCAUAGGAGACUCUCAUACAUUCAAUAGAGGAGAACCCAGCCGUGUGUCUGCAAAGAGUGACCGGUCAAUUGGAGGCUUUUGUACGUUGAGUAGAGGAGAACCCAGCCAUGUAUUUAUGAAGACUUACCAGUCCAUAGAAGGUGGAGAACCCAUCCGUGUGUCUAUGAAGAGUGACUGCUCCAUGCUUGAGCCUCCUGCAUUCAGCAGUGGAGGAGGAGAACCCAUCCGUUUGUCUAUGAAUAGUGACUGCUCCAUGCUUGAGCCUCCUGCAUUCAGCAGUGGAGGAGGAGAACCCAGCCGCGUGUCUAUAAACAGUUAUGGUUCCAUAGAAGACUCUUAUACAUUCAGUAGAAGAGAACCCAGCUGCGUGUCUGCCAAGAGAGACCGGUCAAUUGGAGGCUUUUGUACAGUGAGUAGAGGAGAACCCAGCCAUGUAUUUAUGAAGACUUGCCAGUCCAUAGAAGGCGGAGAACCCAUCCGUGUGUCUAUGAAGAGUGACUGCUCCAUGCCUGAGCCUCCUCCAUUCAGCAGUGGAGGAGGAGAACCCCUCCGUUUGUCUAAGAUUAGUGACUGCUCCAUGCCUGAGCCUCCUGCAUUCAGCAGUGGAGGAAGACAGUCCAGGCAGCUUUCCACAAGAACAGCACUGCAGAUAGACACUCUGGAAGAUAUUUAUCAAACAUUGGAUGAUGUCCUUCACAGAGUCUUAGGGAGACACAAAACUAGCAUGAAGAAACAAUAUGAGAUUUUAUUUGAGGGAAUCAAAACAGAAGAGAAUAAAACCCUCCUGAACAGGAUUUACACACAGCUCUACAUCAUAGAGGGAGAGAGUGAAGGAGUGAAUGAAGAACAUGAGGUUCUACAGAUGGAGAAAACACCCAGGAGACGCUUUCAAGACUCUCCAAUCAACUGCUUAGACAUCUUUAAACCUCUACAAGGUCCUGAAGGAGAAACACAAAAUAAAUUUAAAGCUAUAAUGCUUAAAGGUCAGAGACAAAAAGAAAAGAAUAAAGAAAGAAAAGAACACAAAGAAUCAAAACUGCAAAAGCUUAGAUCUUUGCUGACUAAAGGCAAGAGAGAAGCUCACUCCAUAUAUAAAGACCGAAAGAAAGAUGAAGAAUCAAGAGUUCCAGAGCUCAGAGCUGUUCUGACUAAAGGCAUCGCUGGAAUUGGAAAAACUGUCUCUGUGCAGAAGUUCAUUCUGGACUGGGCUGAAGGAAAAGCCAAUCAGGAUGUAGAGAUCAUGUUUGUACUUCCGUUCCGGGAGCUGAACCUGAUUAAAGAUGAUCAAUACAGUCUUCAUGGACUUCUGUGUGACUUCCAUCCUGAGCUCAAAGAUCUGGACCCAGAGAUUUAUGAUCAGAUCAAAGCUGUGUUUAUAUUUGAUGGUCUGGAUGAAAGCAGAAUUCCACUGAACUUUGAACAGUGUGAGAAAGUCUCUGACAUCACCAUGACAUCAUCAGUGGGAGUGUUGAUGACAAACCUCAUCAAAGGAGAGCUGCUUCCCUCUGCUCUGAUCUGGAUCACCUCCCGACCAGCAGCAGCCAAUCAGAUUCCUCCUAAAUACAUCAACCGUGUGACAGAGAUUCAGGGAUUCAGUGACCCACAGAAGGAGGAGUACUUCAGGAAGAGGAUCAGUGAUGAAGACCAAGCCCAGAGAAUCAUCUCCCACAUUAAGGCAGUGAGGAGCCUCCACAUCAUGUGCCACAUUCCAGUCUUCUGCUGGAUCUCAGCCACUGUUCUUCAGAGAAUCAUGAAACAGCCUCAUACAGAAAUCCCUAAAACUCUGACUGAAAUGUACUCACACUUCCUGAUCACUCAGACCAACAUGAAGAACGAGAAGUAUGAGGAGGAAGACGAGAGAGACCCAAAGAACCUGCUGGAGUCCAACAGAACCAUGAUACUGAAACUGGCUAAACUGGCUUUCAAACAGCUGAUGAAAGGCAAUGUGAUGUUCUAUGAAGAGGACCUGAGAGAGAGCAGCAUUGAUGUCACCGAGGCCUCAGUGUAUUCUGGGAUUUUCACUGAGAUCUUUAGGGAGGAAUGUGUGCUUCACCAGAGGAAGGUCUACUGCUUUGUUCAUCUGAGCUUUCAGGAGUUCCUGGCUGCUGUUUAUGUGUUUCACUGCUAUGAGACCAAGAACAUGAAGGUGCUGCUGCUUUUUAAACCACACUUCAAACGGUGGUCUGAGAAUGCAGUUCCCCUGAAUAAAGUGAUGAGGGGAGCAGUAGAUAAAGCCUUAAAGAGUCAGAAUGGACACCUGGAUCUUUUCCUCCGUUUCCUGCUGGGCAUCUCACUGGAGUCCAAUCAGAGACGCCUACAGGGUCUGCUGACACCAACAUGGAGCAGCUCAGAGGAAACCAGAGAGUAUAUCAAAAGAUUAAUCAAAGGAGAAGAUAAACAAUAUCAAAUUUCAUCCAACAGAUCCAUCAAUCUGUUCCUCUGUCUGUCUGAAGUGAAUGACCAGUCUCUCUCCAGAGAGAUUCAGGAGUAUCUGCAAUUAGAAAAACACUCAGGAGUGAGACUCUCUCCUGGACAGUGUUCAGCACUAGCCUGCAUGCUUCUGAUCUCAGAUGAGGUUCUGGAUGAGCUGGACCUGACGAAAUACAACACAUCAGAGGAGGGUUAUAGGAGGCUCAUCCCAGCUGUGACUGUCUGCAGGAAAGCUCGACUAGCUGGUUGUAAUCUCACCAAGGACUCUUGUGAAAUACUCUGCUCUGCUCUACAAUCAGUAAACUCCUUCCUGAAGGAGUUGGACCUCAGUAACAAUGAUCUGAAUGAUUCAGGAUUGAAGCUGCUCUCUGCUGGACUGAAGAGUUUGCAGUGUAAACUAGAAAUACUCAGAUUGUCUGGUUGUAUGGUCACAGAUUAUGGCUGUUCUUCUCUGGCUUCUGCUCUGAAAUCAAACCCUUCUCACCUAAGAGAACUGGAUCUGACCUAUAAUCACCCAAAAGAAUCUGGAAUGAAGCUGCUCUCUGAUCUUCUGAAAGAUCCACACUGCACACUGGAGAAACUACAUGUGGAUCAUGGAGGGAAGAUCAGGAUGAAACCAGGACUGAAGAAGUAUGCUGUUGAUCUCACUCUGGAUCCAAACACAGCACACAGAUAUCUCUCUCUGUCUGAGGGGAACAGAAAGGUGGAGUGGAUGCUGGAGAAUCAGCCGUAUCCAGAUCAUCCAGACAGAUUCGAUUACUAUGGCCAAGUUCUGAGUGUGAAGAGUCUGAUUGGACGCUGUUACUGGGAGAUUCAGUGGAGCGGAGAUGAAGCUGGUAUAUCAGUAUCAUACAGAGGAAUCAAGAGGAAAGGACACAGUGAAGACUGUCAGUUUGGAUUCAGUAAUCUGUCCUGGAAUCUGCACUGCUCUGAUUACAGAUACUCUGUCAGACACAAUAAUCAGAUAACUUACCUACCUGCCCCCCCCUCCCUCUCUAACAGAGUAGGAGUGUAUCUGGACUGGGAGUCCGGCACUCUGUCCUUCUACUCCAUCUCCCCUGACACACACACACUGACCCAUCUACACACACUCACCACCACAUUCACUGAGCCGCUCUACGCUGGGAUUAGAGUUUAUUCUGGCUCAGUGCGUCUGUGUAGAUAGAAUACCCUCUAUGCAGUGUGUUUGUGUGUGUGUGUGUGUGUGUGUGUGUUUGUUAAAGAGACCAGAUCAUAAGAAAAUCUUGCUGUUGAUAAACAUCUGUGUUGUUUAUCAGUUUGAUCUUACAUUGAAAAUAUGACAGAAAUCAAACAUUUCUGUGGUUAAAUUAUUCAAAGUAAUUUUAAAAUGAAGAGUAAACAUAAACUGUUUUCUUUUUAAAGAAUUGUUCAUUAUUGUACUAUUGUAGUAUUCCUGGGAUGACUCAUCAUCAACUCCUACCAGGAACAGACAAUGUAAAUAAUUAAAAAUAAUCACAUCCUGUGA